AUGGAGGCAUUGUCAUCGAAUCAACUGAACUUCCCAUUAGCUUGGAUUGUAGUCUCGCUGGCUAUCACAGGAUCGCUCUUCUAUCUCUACGCGCUGAAGAACAGCCAUGGCAGGGGAGAGAAUGGAAACGUCAAGCUGGAAGCUAUUCCCGGCCCUAAACCACUUCCCAUCCUAGGAAAUGCUCUUCAAUUGGAUAUCAACGCGCUCGUGGGUUCCGUCAUAUCUUUAGCAUGGCAAUACCGGCCCCUAUUUUCUCUAUCGGUCUUGGGAGAUCGAUUCAUCGUCGUUGGAACCCCGGAGCUCUGUCGUGAGCUUUGUGACGAGACCAAGUUUUACAAAUUUGUCGCAAUGGGCCUCGAGAGACUGCGUCCUGUUACUGGAGAUGGUCUUUUCACGGCGUUUCACGGCAACGAGGCCUGGGGCGUGGCUCAUCGGCUUCUGCUUCCUCUAUUCGGGACGUUCAGGAUCCGAGAUAUGGCGCGGUCUCCAGAAGGCUCGCGACUAGAUCCGGGGUCAGACUUCACUAGGUUGACUUUGGACACUGUAGCUCUAACGUGUCUGGACUUCCGAUUCAACAGCUUCUAUCGCAAUGAUAGUCUUCACCCAUUUGUUCAGAACGUGGAUGCUGUCCUGGCAGAGGCAGCUAAGCGAUCAACUUUGCCGGAAUUCGCUCGAUAUUUCCGGUUUCGAGCGGACCAAAAAUUCAAAAAGUCAACCAAAUACUUGUUUCAAGUCUGUCAGGACAUGAUCGACGAGCGCAGACGGCAAGGCGAAGCUGAAUCCCGCAAAGACGUCUUGGCAGCACUUGUAUUUGGGCGUGACCCCAAAACCGGGGCCCAGCUGAGCGAUGAGCAGAUCAUUCACAACAUGCUGACCUUUCUGUCAGCGGGCCAUGAGACCACCUCGGCCAUGUUGACGACGAUCUGCUAUUAUCUCUGUCACUACCCCGACAAGCUGGCAAAGGCACAACAAGAGAUCGAUGAUGUGGUCGGCUCUGAGGCUCUUGACAUAGAUCACAUUCAGAAGCUGCCGUAUCUAGAAGCAGUGAUGCGUGAGUCGCUUCGCCUCGUCCCUACCGCUCCGACUUUCUUUGUCACGCCCUACAGUGACGGAAUCUUGGGAGGCAAGUACCAGUACCGCAAAAGCGACGUAUUAGCUCCGGCGCUCGAGGUUAUUCAGCGAGACACCGGCCAUUAUGGGCCUGAUUCUCAUGAAUUCAAACCUGAGCGUAUGCUUCGGGCUGAGUUUGCCAAGCUAAAUGAAUUCGCCUUCAAACCUUUUGGCAACGGACUUCGUGGCUGUAUUGGGCGCACGUUUGUGUGGCAAGAGUCCUUAAUUAUCCUAGCCAAGCUGCUGCAAAAGUUCGAUUUGAGAAAGGACGAUCCUUCAUAUGAACUCAAGCUUCGAUCAGACCUUUCUGUGAAGCCGGAUGGGUUUUACAUGCAAGUGAAGCUCCGCCACGGGCUUAAGGCAACUCAUCUCAGUGCCACGGCUGAGACCGAUCGAGGAACUUCUACAUCGACACGAGACACUCAAAUGCAAUCCUUCAAGCCUCCGCAAACCAUGUACGGAGCCCCCAAGGGUCAGCCCAUCAUGAUCCUUCAUGGCUCAAAUACAGGCACCUGUGAAGCGUUAGCCUCUGUACUGGCCUCUACAUGUGUCGCUAAAGGCUUCGCGCCCCAUGUGGUGGAUACAGUGGACUCGGGAAUUGGCCAAUUGUCUGCGGAAACCCCCGUAAUCAUGAUUGCGGCGUCAUACAAUGGAUCACCAGCCUCGAACUCCGCCGAGAUGGUAGCCUGGUUGGAAAAGAUGGCAGCGCAAUCUGCACCUCUGGCAGACCUGAGAUAUGCAAUUUUUGGUUGCGGCCACUCAGAUUGGAAGGAUACCUACCAGAAAGUCCCUAUCCUCCUGCACCAGCUGAUGAAAACCUCUGGUGCCAAGCCCUUGGUGUCGAUGGGAGCUUCUGAUGCGGCCAUAGGCGAUGUGUUCUCAAAUUUUGCAGACUGGUACCAAGAGCUAUUAUUUCCUGCUCUAUAUCGGGAGUACAACAUGAAAGCUGGUGCUGGCGAGGGGGAAACCACGCCUUGCAGCGGCCUCUCCAUCUCAAUGAGCCACCCUGCCCGCGUUCAAGCGAGACCUGGAUAUUUCCCUGCGGUUGUAACCGCGCAAAAACGGCUCUCGCACAUAACCACUGAUACGGCUAUUCCUACCAAGCAUCAUCUUGAGUUUCGCUUCCUGGCGGAUGCAAACAUUGACUAUGCGCCCGGUGAUCAUCUGUUGGUACUGCCUCGCAACGACCCACAGUUUGUGAAUACGCUCUUGGACCGGCUUGGAAUGGCCUGGGAUACUCAGGUAACCAUAGGCUCAGGACGUGCUCUAGGUGUCCCAGAUGGUACAAGACUCAGCGUUGCGGAGCUACUCGGGGCCUACGUGGAACUGCCGACUACAUUGACGUCCAAACACCUACGGAUCCUCGCAGCCGCAACCAGAGACGACGAGUUCAAAUCUCAGCUCCCCAAGCUGAUGGCUGAUGGCGCGCCGAGCCUCGGCUUACCAGGUCUACUUGAGCUCCUCCCUGCUUUCACUCUUACACUCCCCACGAUUCUGCAAAUUGCAGCUCCCAUGCGGCCUCGCACAUACUCCAUGUCAUCCGCACCCGCCGCCAAAGACGGCCAUGGGACACUCACAAUCUCAACAGUGCCAGGCGGGAUGGCAUCGAAUUAUCUGGCCAACAUCGGGGAAGGGCAUGUCAUCUACGUCAAGGUCAACAGCAAUCCCGCUUUACGAGUGACAAGUCUACCAAGUCAGGAAACUCCUCCACUCAUCAUGAUUGCAGUGGGCUCCGGACUAGCACCUUUCCGUGCCAUGGUCCAGGAACUAGCCAUGCGAGCCGGCAGGGAAGGAAAUAAUGCAGUGGAACGUUCUGAUACCUCUCAAUUCCCAGCCUACCUCUUUUACGGCUGCAGAGGUCGCGGUAUAGACGAGAUGUACGUCGACGAGUUAGAGGAGGCCGAGAGGAUGGGGGUGGUUGCGGUGCGGCGAGCUUACAGCCGCGCAGGCACAGGAAAGUCGCCUAAGUAUGUGACAGAUGCAGUGGAAGGUCAGACUGAUCUCAUACUGGAUCUAUGGAAGACCCGAGGGGCUGUCAUACGGGUUUGUGCUGGAAAGAAGUUGGCAGACGAGCUGUGGCAGCUUCUCGGGCCUCUACUUCGGGCCGCAGGUGCGACGGCUGAGCCGCCAGAACAGGAGAGAAAUAUGGAUGGUGUGAUGGGCCUGGCAGAAUGGAGGCAGAAGCUAGCACCAAACAGUGGAUCGCGGUGGGAGGGCAGGUACGUGGAGGAGGUGUUUUCUUGA